AUGGCUCGGGCUCUCUCUCCAUCAGACACUGCUUCGCGAUCUUCCUUCUCUUCUGUCCGGGAAAACGAUGAUGGGCUUGCCCAGACCUUUACUCGAUCCAAAGUCUCGUCCUACAUUGAGGCACCCGAGGAUGUUUUCGACGAGUCUCCCAUUUCUGAGCUUCCUCAGCCUUCUUUCCAGGCGCCCUUGACGCAACCACAAAGUAAGCUUCAUGGUUUUUGGUACCCGCCAGACAGCUUCAAAGGGUGGAGGGAAAUCCCCAUCAAGGGCAAGAAGGCGAGCCGGAGCUUCGAUGAUUUGCGCAAGCUGGGCAUGAGCUGGGAGUCGCCACCUGCAUCUCCCGCCCCGGUCAAAAAGCAUCACACCGGUAGCUAUGCCAUUGGCGAUGCUCCCCUCGAAAGGCUUCCCAGCGAGGUUCUUGCCUCCAUCAUUGACUUGCUAGUGGUUGAAAUUCCUCCCAACGGACUGACCACGCGCAAUACGGACUUGAUGGCAUUGCUUCUCACAUCUCGAUCUAUUCAUGCCACCACACUCACCACACUGUAUCGCCACGUCACUAUUCCUCACUCGCGGAUUUUUCGCAAAUUUCUCAACACCAUAUCUGAGUACCCUUCUCUGGCCACCAUCGUUCGACGGCUCGACUUUAGUCACUUCAACCCGUCCAUGCUAUUUUCCACCGCUAGCGAACGUGCCAAGACGCAAAAUCUCACCACUGAUACCCUCGCCCAGUGUCUUGAGCUGACUCCCUACCUCCAAGAGUUUUUAGCCCAGGAGUACAUCGACACCGAUCUCGGACCACCCGUCCUUCGCAAAUUGUUCUUCGACAUGCCUAACUUGCGGGCGUUGGACUUUUGUGGCUGCUCAUCCACAGUGUUCAAGAACUCUUUCAAUGCAAUUCUUGAAAACUCUUGGCCUGAUGAGCUCUUUAUUACUAGGCUUUCCUUUCACAAGUGCCUCGGUCUCCCAUCGACAGUCUUCGAAACCAUUCUGCCUCGACUGGGCAAACUGACCCAUCUGGAUGUAGCCGGCACACGCAUUACCGACGAGGCCCUGGAAAGGAUCCCUCUAACUGCGGAACUGACGCACCUAAACCUUGCUAAGUGCAAGGAGCUGUCCGCUGAUUGCGUGGUCAAAUUCGUUACGUCUCAUCCUUCCACCAAAGACUCGCUUGUCUUCUUGAGCUUGGCUACCGAUCCGACCAAUCACCUGCUGCUUGGUAAGGACGAUAUCGAUGGCCUUCUUCCGCGGUUGCCCAAGACGCUCAAGUCUCUCAGCUUGCGUGGCAGCAGAAUGCACGCCUCUCACAUCCCUGAACUCACCCGCCUCGCUCAGACACUCGAGGAGCUUGCCGUCGGUCGUGGUUUGGAGAUGAGUGACAUUCACAAGUUGUUCUGCCAUGGCCAGGAAUGGCUCCAGCAUAAUCUGAGAUUCCUCGAUAUUUGCGACAUUGAGACGAUUAUUGGCAGUGCGAGCACCUUGCUCGCGCCCGCCUCCGCUCCGCUCCACGUUAUUGAGAUCGCAGAGCGAGCUUACGAACGCGCUGCCAAGGUCAACAAGAACCUUCAGCGAGUUGGCUGGGUUGCCAAGGAGUUUGGUAGCCGCUACUGGUUGGUGCGCAUGAAUGCGGAUGGCUCUACGCGAGACAAUGGUGGGCGAUGGUGGAAGAUGGGUGCGGAAAGCUGGGGUAUGAGGAAGGUUCCCGUCGCAAUAGCAGAAGUGGGUGGAAUGUAUGGCUCAUUUAUGUUCGGGCGACGGGUUUAA